CCCUUGGCGUUGGCAGGCGGCGGCGGCGUCAGCUGCGUGCUGCAGGAUGGCGACGUCUUCGAGAAGGCGGGUGUGAAUGUGUCCGUCGUGUUCGGGCUCCUGUCCGAGGAGGCGGCGCGGCAGAUGCGAAGCCGAGGGAAGUCUCUGAAGGCCAAGGACGGGAAGCUGCCUUUUUGCGCCAUGGGUGUGAGCUCCGUUAUCCAUCCAAAGAACCCUCAUGUUCCAACCAUGCACUUUAACUACAGAUACUUUGAAAUUGAAGAAGCAGACGGAACUAAACAGUGGUGGUUUGGUGGUGGGACUGACCUCACUCCGACUUACUUGAAUGAAGAGGAUGCCGUUCAUUUCCACAAGACUCUGAAAGAAGCCUGUGACAAACAUGAUCUGAAGCUCUAUCCCAAGUACAAGAAAUGGUGCGAUGACUACUUCUAUAUCGAGCACCGUGGUGAACGAAGAGGGAUUGGAGGCAUAUUCUUUGAUGACCUGAACUCUCCCUCCAAGGAGGAAGUAUUCCAGUUUGUGAAGAGUUGUGCCAAAGCUGUUGUGCCUUGUUACAUUCCCAUUGUGAAAAGGCACUGCCAUGACUCCUUCACAGCAGAGGAAAAGCUAUGGCAGCAGCUUCGGAGAGGACGGUACGUAGAGUUUAACUUGGUUUAUGACAGAGGUACAAAGUUUGGCCUCCUGACACCAGGAUCAAGAAUUGAAAGCAUUCUUAUAUCUCUUCCACUGACUGCAAGGUGGGAGUACAUGCACACCCCUCCAGAGAGCUCCAAAGAAGCAGAAAUCCUGGAGGUUCUGCGCAAUCCCAAAGACUGGGUGCACUGAUAUAGAUGGUGAACAAGAUGGAUUGCUUACACUGAGCCAUUAUGUGAAAGAACAUGAACGCCUGCACACCAGCUCCUUCAAACUGCAUGGCGUUUUAGUGUAGCUAUUUGUACUCUUACCCGGUGCCUUAAUAAUGCUGUAGGCUUGUUUAUAACUUGCAAAUAUGUGAAGUCAUUCUUUAAGAUUGAUGGGCUAAUGUUAUUACCCCCUGUUGAUGUUGCCUUGUGAAGGACUGGCGGUACCCUCACAGGACUACUGUGCAUGUUUAUGAACUUCCUCAACUGCUGUGACUGCAAAAUGGCCAACCACUGUAAAGUGGAGUGGAGUGGAAAUGUUAUCUGUGCCUAAACAGCACUGUUUACUCUUAGAAAACGUUGGGAUGUUUGAGAAAUACUUUUUUUUUUAAAGAAUAAAGGGAAUAUUUGGUAUGAUUAAAAAAAAAAAGUGAUUAAAAAAACCCAACUUAAACACUGCUUUCAGGAAGUUGUGAAAAAC